GACUUUUCUUUGAUCCAUUCCUCUCAUUCCUCUUCCUCAUAACCCAUCAUGGCAGCAAGAUCUGCCGUUUCUAAACUCGUCUCUUCCCUCCCCACCUCUAGAUCUCUCUCUUCUUCAGCGGGUGCCAAGUUGGUAGGACGGAAUGCGUUGCUUUCUUCCCCCAUAGCCAGGGUCAGUAGGACCGCACCUCGGUUGUUGGUUGGAUCAGAACAGAGACGGGCUGCAUCUUCAGAAGGGGUUGAGACCAUGACCGUGCGAGACGCCCUCAAUGCUGCUAUGGAAGAAGAAAUGACUCGUGAUCAUACCGUUUUUCUCAUCGGUGAAGAGGUCGCUCGAUACAAUGGAGCAUACAAGGUUUCGAAAGGGCUUUUGGAUAAAUUUGGAGAAGAGCGUGUGAUUGAUACUCCUAUCACAGAGCAGGGUUUCGCCGGAUUGGCUGUGGGUGCUGCUUUAGCUGGUUUACGUCCGAUCUGUGAAUUCAUGACGUGGAACUUUGCCAUGCAGGCUAUCGACCAAAUCGUCAAUUCCGGAGGAAAAACUUAUUACAUGUCAGGAGGCAAUGUUCCUUGUCCAGUUGUUUUCCGUGGUCCUAACGGUGCUGCUGCCGGUGUUGCGGCUCAACACUCGCAAGAUUAUUGCGCGUGGUAUGGUAGUAUCCCGGGUUUGAAGGUUAUCAGUCCUUGGAGCGCUAGUGAUUGUAAAGGUUUAUUGAAGAGUGCCAUCCGAGAUCCCAACCCUGUCUGUUUCCUCGAAAAUGAACUUAUGUACGGUGUCUCCUUCCCUAUGACCAAGGAAGAGAUGUCAGAAGACUUCCUCAUCCCCAUCGGGAAGGCCAAAGUGGAGAAGCAGGGUACCGACGUUACUGUCGUGGCGCAUUCCAAGAUGGUCACUCAUUGUCUUGAGGCUGCAGAGAUUCUCGAGAAGGAGGAUGGGAUCAAAGUGGAGGUUGUCAACUUGAGAUCCAUCCGCCCACUCGACAUCGAGACCAUCAUCACCUCGGUGAAAAAGACUAACCAUCUCGUCACUGUCGAAGGAGGCUUCCCAGCUUUCGGUGUAGGAUCAGAGAUUCUCGCUCAGAUUUGUGAAUCAACCGCUUUCGAUUAUCUCGACGCCCCGCCUGAACGUAUCACCGGUGCUGAUGUUCCUACUCCUUACGCAGAAUCACUCGAGAGCAUGGCUUUCCCCGACACGCACCUCAUCGCCAAAGUGCUCAAACGUCAUCUCUACCGUCAAUAGAAUUGCUAGGAAAGGGUUCAUGUGAUCUUUGGGAUCAAAGGGAGUUAUACCAGGUUGAUGCAUCGUUUUCACAUCGUGAU